AAUCCACAACAAUCCCUAAAACAGCUCUUUCUCUCUCCACUUUCAUUAUUUUCUUUGGUACUUCUCUCUCUUGUGCUUCACUUUCAAGAAAUUGAAUCCAAAGUGAUGGCCAAUUCUCAAGCAGCUUCUGAGAGCAUGGACAGUGAGUCUCGCCGUCGUGUUCAUCACUGGAAAGAAACAGAAGAUGAUAAGCUCCGCCAACUUGUUCAACAACAUGGACCAAAGGAAUGGAAUACUAUUGCUGAACAUAUGGAAGAAAGAACAGGCAAAAGCUGCAGAUUAAGGUGGGUGAAUCAUCUUGAUCCUAAACUCAACAGAAACCCAUUUACAAAAGAGGAAGAGGAGAGGCUUCUUGCAGCUCGUGAGUUUUUUGGGGCAAGAUGGGCAAUGAUAGCGAAAAUCUUCCCUGGUCGAACCGAUAAUUUUGUGAAGAACCGUUGGCACGUUACUGUAGCCAGAAAGAGAAAGGAAGAGUUUAGGAGAAGAAUCAUGCAAGAGCACAAUAACCGUUCAAGGGCUUCCUCUUCCAGAGACAACAAUGCCUCACUUGCAAAGCCUCAGCCUCAGGAAUUACCACUCUUUGGGCCAAGAAAUGAGUUGGGGCGUGGAGCACUAAUGAUGAGGCAAGAAAAGGCACACGCAACCUUGUGCCCUAAUAGUUGGUUGAGCCCUUCAAACUUUGGAUCUGUUCCAUCUUUUGCUGAAACUAAUUUUCCUUUGGUGGGUCCAUAUUUGAGUGUGCAAAGGGUUAAUGCUGUUCCGGAACAUUUUGGAUUGCUUCGUGACGCAAGGAUUAAUGGGAACUUUGGAGGUUUGUUUGGUAACUCGUCAUCAUCAUCUGCAUUCACAAAGUUUAGGGCUUCUUCUUCCUCAGAGAAAGGGAAAGCUCGUGAGGAGUCAAGUGAUAGUGGAGGGAAAGAAAUUACUUUCUUUGAUUUUCUUGGUGUUGGUGACCAGUGAUGUGUUGUUAAAUUUCUCGUUGGCCUUAAUUUUCUCUAUUUCUGGCUAGUUUUGGUUCAGACACAAAGAUUUUGAAACUCUAGACUAUUUAUGUUCGUGAUUUGCCUGCGAG